UCAGAUCUUUUGCUGAUGGAGUUGUGAAAACGCCAGAGGGUCGGCUGUCCUUUGGUUUUAUGGCCACACCUGGAGGAGAUGCAACAGCGUUGCGUUUGGAGAUCUCCCAUCUUGGUGAUACUCCACGUACUCCGGAUGCAGUGUGCCUGCUUGCUCCGGGGAACAACAUGACCUCAAGUCGCACUAUUGAGGAGGCUGCCAGGGCAUUUGGGACUCUCCUCAGUGUUGCAUUGCAACACUGGCCAAACAAGGUGUUUGUGGUGGAUUUCCCAAUACGUCAUGUACAUGCAACACUGGAAUACCAGCUUCUGCUAAAGCAGGAAUAUCACCGAGUUGCAGCAAAGAUGGGAGUGCAGUACUUCUCAACAAAUGAUGUUUUCCAGCCAUCCAAAAGGCAUCUGUGGUGUCAGGAUUUGGUACACCUAAGUGAUGACAAAGGUAUGCCUCUCCUUGCGGACUUCAUUUGGAACACUUCAUACAGCAUCCUGCACACCCCUGUCAAUCCUGUGCCACUUAGAGUGCAUCCUACACUCAAACGAUGCUUCCACAAAAAUAAGGAGCAUGGUACUUCAUCACAGCCACAGUGUGUUGAUCCAUCUCAGCGCUCAGCAACAUCCUAUCGGCCCUUUCCAGCUGUUAAAAUGAAGUAUGUCGACCAUGACCAAUGGACACACCUGCUGCCUACUGUUCCAGAUGUGAGGAUGCAGGUUCGGGACCGGCGUCAUUGUAUACGUCAGCAUGCUGCCAAAGGACUGUUUGUUGACAUACAGCAACGAAUUCUCAGCGGGGGUAGGAUGGAACGCAUCUUUGACACAUACGUCCUAUGUUACCCUUCGGCCUACCGCCAGAACGCCAAGCCUGUCCAUGCCCCAGCACCCCAGUUUGUGGCUGAGAAGAAAUCCCUGCACAUCAAAAAGCUAAGUGGUGCUGGUUCAGGUCAUGUGGGUCAUAGGCCUUUGGUAGUAGUUGACAGGGUCAAAGAAGUUGUAGAACAGAAAAAUGUUAGGCAUAAGGUAGUAAGGAGGAGAAAGAUGGGAAACAUACAGACCAGUGUUACACAGACAGAACAAGCAGGAGUUGCCUACUGAGAGAGGACUGAAACAGGAGUUGGCUAGUCAAAUAGUACAGAAACAGAAGUUUGCUAGGGAUGAAGGAAGUGUUGUUGGUCAGGGGGAAGGGGGUCACAUGCCUUCAGAAGUAGGCAAAGGGCUUCAGGAUACACAACACAUAAAUGGGGUAUAUAGCUGGGUGAUGGUAACUAAUUUCUGUGUUCCCUUCCAGCGCACUUUUGAAUGUCCCAAUAAGUUUAGUAUUGCAGAACUGUGUAAUGACAACUGUGACAGUAGCUCAUGCUGAUAUUGAAAACAAACAAAAAGAAAUAAACAGCAGACCAGCUGCAGUACUUACCAUAAAAAAGGCCAAGAACAACAUAAGAGGAGGUAUAGGUGAAGGCAACUCAAUAUUAGAGACGGCAAUUAGCAUAGCAGAGCAGCAUGGUAUCCAACUUAAAAGUGGCAAUCCAAACAA